ACAACCUACGGUCCACAUUUUCUCGCAGAGAAACAUGGUACCGUAACUUGGUCUUGAGAGAGAGAGAGAAACCCCCAAACUCUGGGUUUUCUCAACAACCAAACAGAAAAUUCAUCUUCCGUAAUCGACUGUCUGACCCACCUGGAUCCUCAUUUUGAAUCCAAAAUUCAUGGAUUUGGAACAUAGUCCUGAUGUUCCAAACGAGGAUCUGAAUAAUUCUACAGAUGGCAAUCCUCAGCAUGGCAGUGAUGGCACAAUCGGUGGAAGUUCUAUAGAAGCAACAUCUCAACCUGAACAAAGUGAUAAAAUGACUCCAAAUUCCACUGGGGGUUUUGAGUUAACUGUAGUCGAACCAUAUGUGGGUCAAGAGUUUGAAUCAGAAGCAGCUGCACUUGAGUUCUAUUGUUCUUAUGCCACGCGUACAGGUUUUGUUACUCGAAUGAGAGAUCACAAUUGCUCUCAGCGUGAUGGAUCUAUCAUUUCAAGAACACUAGUUUGUAACAGAGAGGGUUUUCGAAAGUCCGCUGAUAAGCCUAGAAUGCCAUGGUCAAGAAAGCCUCGUGCUGUCACUAGGGUGGGUUGCAGAGCAAGGGUUUCAUUUAGAAAGCAGAGUAAUGGGGCUUGGGUUAUUAGAAGUUUAGUAAAGGAGCACACUCAUCCAUUGGCAUUGCCUGAGAACCAAUCUCCAAAGGCUAGGGGAAAUCCCAAGAUCUAUCAAGUUCCGGCUGAUGACAAGAGAGUCCAUGAACUCAUGCGGGAGCUGAUGGUGGAGAAAAAAAGGAAUGCUUCCCUCACAGAAUUUAUACAGCUUUUAUUUAAUCACAUCGAGGAGCACACGCAAGGCUUGUCAGAAAAGAUCCAGUGCAUAGUAGAAAAGGUGAACAAGAUGGAGUCAGAAGGAAAAAAGACAGGAUCUGAGAUAGUCAUGUCAUUGUAAUGCAGCAGCCGACAGCAUGCAGUCCUGAGUUGUUUUUGUCUUGCAAUUUAAUUUAACUCUGCAAACUUGAAUGAAUGAAUGAGUGCUCAUUGUGUC